AAUUAGGUUGUCAAUUCAGAUUCACCAUCUCAAAAUUACGCUUUAGUUUCAAUUGGUUGAGCUAAACAUAGCCAAAAGCUUAAGAAUUUAGUCCUUCCAUGAAGAAAUCGUUUUCAAAUCAAGAUCGAUAGCACAACAGAUUCCAUCAGAGCCUCUGAAAUCCGUAUAAAAUUGCUACCGAAAAUAUGGGAUCGAAAACCUAUCGGGUUUGCGAAAAAAUCUGGGUUGGUUUUAUUGGGUGUCGUCCUACCCAGUUUGUAGGGAGGGACUUUCUUGCUGCAAAAUUGGUGGCUUCAACAAUUUCACAGUUCCUGUCAUUCCCCAGAGACAGAUUGCCAUAAAACUGCCUUGUUUAAACCCACCGUCUACCUGGAGGUCCCCAGCCAUUACUGUGCCGUCGGCGAUGGUGAAGACCGCGACUGGAUGCCGAUGGUCUUGCCCCUCUGAAAGUUCGAUUCGUAGCCUCUCGAAACAGGGUCGCUGCUUGCUGCUGGGUCGCCGCUCGAGACUGGGUCUCCGGUCGAAGCUGGGCCGCCUCAUGGAGUCCGGACACUGCUUGCUUUUGAGCGGCCGAAGUACCACCAUCCCCGUUGCUAAACCUCUGACCCCGUCGCAGGGGAGCUGGUUGCCAUCCGUACACAGUGGCUGCGGAGUUCCCUUCCCACGAAAGCUUGUGCGGCUGGUGAAGAACUCCUGGGAUUUGGACUAUUACAGAUCCGAAUUUAAUGGUUGAGAAAGGAAUCUGACUCCCUCCAUCUGUAGUGUUCGCUGUCGUCGCGCCUGGCAGCUUGUAGGCUCAUGCAGGUGUCAAAUGAUUUUCUGAACGUCCUUCACAUAACCAAGAGCAAGAAGAGGAGCAUUACUAUUCUGAAUGAUGUAAGUGGAAUAAUUAAACCAUGUAGAAUGACACUAUUAUUGGGACCUCCUGGUUCUGGGAAGACAACGCUUUUGCUGGCGUUGGCUGGAAAGCUUGAUAAAGAUUUAAAGGUUGGAGGAAGAGUGACAUAUAACGGGCAUGGCCUUGAGGAAUUCGUGCCCCAAAGAACAGCUGCUUAUAUUGGUCAACAUGAUGUGCACAUUGGUGAAAUGACUGUCAGGGAAACCUUGGAAUUCUCAGCUAGAUGUCAGGGUGUCGGGUCUCGUUAUGAAAUGUUGGUCGAGCUGUCAAGAAGAGAGAAGGCCGAAAAUAUUAAGCCCGAUUCAGAUAUAGAUGUAUAUAUGAAGGCUGCAGCUACGGAAGGACAAGAAGCAAAUAUGGUCACCGAUUAUGUUCUAAAGGUUUUGGGAUUAGAAGUAUGUGCUGACACAAUGGUUGGCGACCAGAUGGUACGAGGUAUUUCCGGUGGCCAGAAAAAGCGUGUCACCACUGGUGAAAUGAUUGUUGGACCCGCAAAAGCUCUCUUCAUGGACGAAAUCUCGACGGGGCUGGACAGUUCCACCACCUACUCUAUCAUCAACUCGUUGCGGCAAUUUGUCCACAUUCUCAAGGGUACUGCCGUCAUUUCACUGCUCCAACCGGCACCUGAGACCUACAAUCUCUUCGAUGACAUCAUUCUAUUGUCGGAUGGGUACGUCGUUUACAAUGGGCCACGCGAAGACAUCCUUGAUUUCUUCGAAUCCAUGGGUUUCAAAUGCCCUCAGAGAAAAGGCGUAGCUGAUUUCUUGCAAGAAGUGACAUCAAAGAAAGAUCAACAACAAUAUUGGAUUCACAGAAACGAACCUUAUAGGUUUGUGAAGGUUAAGGAAUUUGCGGAGGCGUACCAAUCCUUCCAUGUUGGGAGGAGGAUGGCGGAUGAGCUUUCAGUUCCAUUCGAUAAAACCAAAAGCCACCCCGCUGCCUUAACAAAAGGGAACUAUGGUAUAGGGAAGAGGCAGCUCUUGAAAGUUUGCACCAAUAGAGAGUAUUUACUAAUGCAAAGAAACUCAUUUGCUUACAUCUUCAAGUUCGUUCAGCUUUUGAUAAUAUGUUUUGUUACCAUGACCCUAUUUCUCCGAACUGAAAUGAAGAAAGAUAAUGAAACCGAUGGUGGGAUUUUUGUGGGUGCGUUGUUUUUCGGGGUGUUUGUAGUUAUGUUCAACGGUAUGUCUGAGCUUCCAAUGACCAUUUAUAAGCUUCCGGUGUUCUACAAGCAAAGGGACCUCCAAUUCUUUCCCCCUUGGGCUUAUUCUAUUCCUUCUUGGAUCCUCAAGGUCCCUAUUACAAUCGUUGAAGUCAGCCUAUGGGUGUUUGUUUCUUACUAUGUCAUAGGCUUUGAUCCAAAUGUUGGGAGGUUGUUCAAACAGUUCUUGAUAUUGAUAAUGGUGAACCAAAUGGCUUCUUCAUUCUUCCGAUUGAUUGCAGCUAUGGGUAGGACUAUGGGAGUUGCAAACACAUUUGGAUCCUUUGCUUUACUGUUGUUGUUUACAUUUGGCGGUUUUGUGCUCUCUCGAGAUGAUGUGAAGAGCUGGUGGAUUUGGGGAUACUGGUCUUCACCAUUGAUGUAUGCCAUUAAUGGAGUUCUUGUUAAUGAAUUUAAAGGAAAGAGCUGGAGACAUAAUUCCCCAAAUGGUACCGAACCACUUGGAGAUGCAAUUAUGAAAUCAAGAGGAUUCUUCCCAGAAGCUAAAUGGUAUUGGAUUGGCGUGGUGGCACUUUUUGGGUUCAUAGUGCUGUUCAACAUCUUGUACACACUAGCUCUCCAAUAUUUAAAUCCAUUCGGCAAGCCCCAAGCUCACAUAUUAGAUGAUGUUGCCAAUGAAUCUGCUUCAACCCAAAAUAUCAAUCAACAAAAAUACCAAAUCGGGGAGAACGAAACCUCGAAGACAAGAAUGGUUCUUCCAUUUGAACCUCACUCCCUUACAUUUGACAAUGUUGCCUACUCUGUCGACAUGCCACAGGAAAUGAAAGAUCAAGGUGCCACUGAGGAUAGAUUAGUUCUUUUAAAUGGUGUAAGCGGAGCCUUUAGGCCUGGUGUUCUCACUGCUUUGAUGGGAGUGAGUGGGGCAGGGAAAACAACUCUUCUGGAUGUUUUGGCCGGAAGAAAAACUGGCGGAUACAUCGAUGGGGACAUCAAAGUUUCUGGAUAUCCUAAAAAACAAGAAACUUUUGCACGAAUAUCAGGAUAUUGUGAACAGAAUGACAUCCAUUCUCCCUUUGUUACUGUUCACGAGUCCUUAGUUUACUCAGCUUGGCUACGUUUGCCUAAUGAUGUGGAUGCUAGUACUAGAAAGAUGUUUAUUAAUGAAGUAAUGGAGCUAGUUGAGCUGAAUGAAUUGAGAUCCGCUCUUGUUGGGUUACCCGGAGUUAAUGGUCUCUCAACUGAGCAACGUAAAAGGCUAACGAUUGCAGUUGAGUUAGUGGCAAACCCAUCAAUAAUAUUCAUGGAUGAGCCAACAUCAGGACUUGAUGCUAGAGCCGCUGCGAUUGUCAUGAGAACGGUGAGGAAUACUGUUGACACUGGUAGAACUGUAGUUUGCACCAUUCAUCAACCCAGUAUUGACAUUUUUGAAGCUUUUGAUGAGCUCUUCCUAUUGAAGAGAGGAGGACAAGAGAUUUAUGUUGGACCAUUGGGGAGUAAUUCAAGCCAUUUGAUCAAUUUCUUUGAGUCGAUUGAAGGAGUUGAAAAAGUCAAGGACGGAUACAACCCAGCAACAUGGAUGUUGGAAGUGACAACUUCUGCUCAAGAGAUGUCAUUAGGCAUUGACUUUUCGGACAUCUAUAAGAACUCGGAUCACUACAGAAGGAAUAAAGCUUUAAUAAGUGAAUUAAGCGUACCCCACCCUGGUUCUAAGGACUUGUGUUUCUCCACUCAAUACUCUCAGGGUUUUUGGAGCCAAUGUAUGGCAUGUCUGUGGAAGCAACAUUGUUCUUAUUGGCGUAACACAUCUUACACUGCCGUUAGAUUACUUUUCACAACUAUCAUAGCAUUGGCUUUUGGGACAAUUUUUUGGGACCUUGGUACAAAAACUAGCAAGAGGCAAGAUUUGUUUAAUGCUAUGGGAUCCAUGUAUACUGCUGUUCUUUUUCUUGGAGUGCAAAACUCUUCAGCAGCACAACCCGUGGUCGCUGUUGAACGUACAGUGUUCUACAGAGAGAGGGCAGCUGGAAUGUAUUCUGCAUUACCAUACACUUUUGGACAAGUUUUUAUUGAAAUUCCUUACGUACUCUUACAAUCUGUAGUUUAUGGUGUCCUUAUUUAUGCGAUAAUUGGAUUUGAAUGGAUGGCAUCUAAGUUUUUCUGGUACAUUUUUAUAAUGUUCUUCACAUUGUUAUACUUCACUUUAUAUGGAAUGAUGUGUGUGGCUGUUACUCCCAACGAAAGCACUGCAUCUAUCGUUGCUGUUUUCUUCUACGGGGCAUGGAAUCUAUUUUCUGGUUUCAUCAUUCCACGACCUAGCAUGCCUGUAUGGUGGAGGUGGUACUCUUGGGCAUGCCCCAUGGCAUGGACUUUGUACGGCUUGGUGGCGUCACAAUUUGGAGAUAUUGAUGAUAAAAUGAGUGAUUCUAAUCAAACAGUGAAGCAAUUCUUGGAUGAUUACUUUGGAUUUAAACAUGAUUUUCUUGGAGUGGUUGCUUGUGCUAUUGUGGCAUUCCCCGUUAUUUUUGGCUUCAUUUUUGCAUAUUCAAUUAAGUCAUUCAACUUUCAGAGCAGAUAAGUUACGAUUAUUAUGUAAUUAAGAUGGUGUACAUGAUGAUUAUGUGGAUAAGUUAAUAAAUUUUUAUUUUUAAUUAGUUCUGAUUGUAUGAUCGUAAAAC